CGGCAGAACUGCAGGGUCCUGGAGAGUCGGAGGAAACCGACCUGCCUGGCUUGCUACAAGUUUGACAGCGGUGAUGUCCCCAAGGUGCUGGACAAGUACCACAACUGCGGCCCCAGCCAUCACCUGGCAGUGAAGGAGAUCAAGCACCGGGAUGAGGCUGAGUGCCGGGCGGUGGAGGAGGCUGGCCGGGCUGGGGACGCACUCUACCUGCCUGGGAUGUAUGCUUUCUCCAAGGGGCUGCCGGCUUAG